AUGGCUGGUGAAUUGGAUAUUCAGAGACUUGACUCUGUAUUCAAAUCGCGACCAGAUAUUAUAGCAGAUAUCCGUAAGGCUGCAGACUCUCCAUCACGAGUCAAGCUUUUCAAUAAUAUUGCAAACUUCGUUUACGAGCAGAUUGGCGACCAGCUAUCUGGAUCAUCGCUUAAGCGCCGCCGAGUCGACAUCGAACCAUCCCAAAAUGGACAUACACCAAACACUACUGCUCCCGUCACAGACACGAUUGAGGAUGUAUCUGCCGAGAAUGUUCUGUUGGAGAUAAAAGAAAUAUCUGUCUCCAUUCCGCAGAGGAAGAAGUUCGAGCUUUGCUUCACCCCCAAACACCUAUAUGCCCGGGCUCCGGGCAAAACAGCCCCUAUUCCUAAUAUAGUCUACGCGUGGAAGGAUAUUGAGUACGCCUUCUACCUCCCCGUGCCUGAAAAGGCCCAGGUUCAACAUAACUACGUUUUAUUUCCCCGGAAUUCCUUCUCCUUAUCUAAAGCAAGCACGCCUACCGAAGAACCGUUAUUAUUCACAGUAUCAGCCGCUGCACCCAAACCAGGCACUAUUGGAGGACCGAACGCUGGUGCCGCAUCUGCCGUCUCGGAUUCUUUUGGCACCCUCUUCCAUUGGGCCUUGAGCAAGUGCCUUAAGGCCGCCGGAAACAGUGUACAAAUAGUUUCAGCGGAUCCUGCGAAGUUCCAAAGCAAAGUCAGACAACCACAACGCCCGAAGGAACCUGCUGUUCACGUGAAUGCAUUCAGGGGGUCGAAGGACGGGUACCUAUUUUUCCUCGAAACCGGCAUCCUGUGGGGCUUCAAGAAACCGUUACUGUUCAUACCCCGGGAUAAGAUUGCUGCUAUUAGCUUUACGAAUAUCUUACAAAGGACUUUCAAUAUGGUAGUGGAAGUAUUCACUGGCGACGGUGAUGAUGAGGCCACUGAAGAGAUUGAGUUCUCAAUGCUCGACCAAGCAGACUUUGGCGGCAUCAACGAGGACUACGUCGCCCGGCACGGGCUUCAGGACCGGAGCAUGGCAGAUCAACGCAAGGCGAAGAGACAACUAGCAGAAAACGCGAAAAGAAAGAAGGGGGCUGAGGGUACAGCGGAGGACGUUAGUGGACAUGCCGAAGAAGAUGAUGGCAUGACGGAGUUAGAGAGAGCCCAAAUGGAGGCCGAGCAACAGUUACAGGAUGAUGAAGAUGAGGAUGAGGAAGAUUACGACCCCGGAUCCGAGGGCGAGAGUGAGGGCUCAGGUACCAGCUCUGAAGAAGAUGAAGAUGCGGAUGGGGCAGAAGGUGAAGAGAUGGACGAUGAUGAUGAUGACGAGGUUGGAGAGGAUGAUUGA